AUUGGUACCAAAAUUACAUUCUCUUAUGAAACUGAAGCAAUGGGUACUGCUGGACCAAUCGCUUUAGCUAAAGAUAUGCUUCUUGUGGAUGAUAGUCCAUUUUUUGUGCUUAACAGUGAUAUUAUGUGUGAUUUCCCAUUUAAAGCAAUUAUGGCAUUUCAUAAAAAUCAUGGAAAAGAAGGAACUAUUUUAGUGACACAAGUGGAUGAACCUUCAAAGUAUGGUGUUGUGGUAUAUGAUCAAACAAGUGGACGUGUAGAUCGUUUUGUUGAAAAACCAAUUGAAUUUGUUGGUAAUAAAAUCAAUGCCGGUAUUUAUUUACUUAAUCCAAGUGUUAUUGAUAAAAUACCUCUACGUCCAACUUCCAUUGAAAAAGAGAUAUUCCCAGAGAUGGCAAUUGAAAAACAACUUUAUUGUAUGACAUUACCAGGCUUUUGGAUGGAUGUUGGCCAACCGAAUGAUUUUCUCAAAGGUACAAAUUUAUAUUUGAAUUAUUUGAAACAAUCAGAUCAUUCAAAAGAUCUAGCAACUGGUGCUAAUAUUUGUGGUAAUGUUUUAAUACAUCCAACUGCCUCAGUUUCACCGACUUGUGUUCUUGGACCAAGUGUUGUUAUCGGACCAGGGUGUAUAGUAGAAGAUGGUGUACGAAUUCGUAAUUCCACUUUAUUACAAGGAAGUAUUAUUCGGUCGCAUUCUUGGUUAGAAACUUGUAUUAUUGGUUGGAGGUGUACUGUUGGACAAUGGGUAAGAAUGGAAAAUGUCACCGUGUUAGGUGAAGAUGUCAUUGUCUCUGAUGAAUUAUUCAUUAAUGGUGCACGUGUACUACCGCAUAAAAGUAUAGCUCAAUCAGUUGUUGAACCACAAAUCAUUAUGUAACAACAUUCAUAGGUGGCGGCUGUGGCGGCGGAGAAGGGAGGCCGCUGAGUAAUCCCGAUGUAAAGUGCUGUGAUCUCUCUCUGUCUCCUUUUUUUAUAUAUUUUAUUUUCUAUACUUCUCUACGACUACUGCUGAUUGUUGUCAUUCUAUUGCGAUGUUGAUUGCGUGUCUCUUGUUUUAUUUUUUUUGACCAUAUGCUAUCGGUCUUUUUUCCCCUCUCUCUUCCUUUGCUUUGUAUAUCUAUGUCAUCACUACACCAAACAUGUUUUCUGUGCAUAUAUGUAGCUGAGGGACGCCCGUCCAUUAUCUAUUUCUAUACUUACUGACCCCACUGCUGUUGCAUAAUUGUUACAUUAUUUGUCUUUCUUUGUGUGUGUGUGUGUAUGUAUGUUCCUUUGAAACCUUUCUAUUUUUAAAUCAAUUACGCCUAACCUGACUUCUUAAUUCAAUGGAGAAAAUUACCAAUCAAUUUCCUUUUUAUUUUCAAUAAUAAUAUUAGUAAUAAUAAUAAUAAUAAUAAUUAAUAUAUUUAUAGGGCAAUAAAGUUUCUUUAUCUCUUGUUUGGAAUUUGUUACCUAACAAUGGUUAUUUUUUUCUUUACUAUGGCC